CUUAAUUAUGUGCUAAUAAUUUGAUUUCUGUCACAGAUGGAUCCGGCAGAGGAGAGAAGACGUUCAAAGAGGCAACAUGAUCACAUAAACAUGCUAGGGUUCGUCAGCGAUUCAGAGUACGGGAUUCCCAAAAGGUGUCCAUGUGGUGGGAGAAUCAUCGAUGAGGUUCGCCGGAAGGACGACUACGACACUCUUCCGGGGAAGCGGUUCUUCACAUGCAAGAACUACGAGGCUGAUGGAUUCCACUAUCGUCAGCCUUGGGUGAUAGGUGUGCAGGAGGAGAUCGAAAGGUUGACUAAGCGGGUGGAGGAGGCUGAAGAAGUGAUGUUGGGGUCGUCGAAUAUCUGUAAACUGAUCGACAGACUGGAGGUUAGUGACAACACAUUUUCAAUACUUGUGUGGUAUGUUUUGCGUGACUAACACUUUUUGUUUGAUGUUUACAUGUCCAGGAUCAGGUUAAAAUGCUCUCUGAGCAGGUAGAUGACCUCACCGUGCAGGUUGCUACGUUGGAGAAGGUCUGCUUCGAAUGAAACCGAAGGUAAGACUCAACCCCACUUUAGAUGUAGUUCAAAAAUGGCUGUUACAAAUUGUUGAUUGGUAUAACCAGUUUAGCUAUUUAAUAAGUAAUUUAAUACAAAGCUAACCGGUUUUGAAAGUUAACUAAAAGUUAUAAAAGCUUAAAAGAUAACUACAACAAUAACUACAACUCCACCUAGAACUCUAACUACAACUUUUAAAAAUCUAUAAUUAAUUUUUUGUUGGUUGU